UCACGCUUGCGAUGUGAAACCGGCCUACUCCACCACUGUAUUGAAUGGCAUUAUGUGCUAAUGUUUGAUAUUGACAUUACUGUACAAGAGCACGAAUGAAAGACUGAAUGAGAGAGAGGAAAUCUAGCUUUGCACAAACUGGGAAAAUGUAACUAAUUCUACUCAAUGUAUGUUCCAGUUGCUGAGGUUAAAACACGCAGCGUGUCUCUCAGGACACAGUUUUGCCGUCUGCUGAGACCUCUACCAAGUGGGAGUGGGGACAAGGCCCUCACUUCUAAACAAAAGUGGAUCUUGCGACAUUUAGACUUUCUAAAGCCAUUUGUUACGCCCCGCAAUGCUGAGACUACCCUUGCUAUUGACGACAAUGACACAGACACACAGGGGACAGUGGCUGAUGAUGAAGUGUCCUCUCCUGGGGAAAAUUCUUUGGAGACUGCGCCUAGGGCAUCUACACCAGGACCAUCAAGGUCCUCAAGCCCACCAUCACCGGCACCAAGAGGCUGCCGCCCUUUAACCAAAAAGCCAAGACGUCCCAAUGACAGUGACAUUGAGCUUGAGAAGCUUGAAGUCCUGAAAGAAAUGUCCAACACUGUGAAAUUUGGUUUGAACCCGGAAAAGCAAGAUAGAAUAGAUGAUGAGUCUGGCUUUGGACGACAAGUUGCAGUCGAGGUCAAUCACAUCAAAGACCCAAUUUUGAAAACAAGAGCCAAAAAGAGAAUUAUGACAACACUGUAUGAAUUCCAAGAAGCAGAUCAGAAUUUGACAGGCCGGGCACAACAGUGGGCAAAACCUAAUGAUCAGUUUAACAUUUGGUCACAGCAAACACCACCACAAUACAAACCCAGAGAGCUACAACAUAAUGAAACACAGCCUCACAUUCAGCCUCAGACCUCACACCCAACAUCUCACCAUCACGCAUACACUCUUCCCCAUGGGCAACCAAGUUACGUGCAACUCCUUGAAGACAGUGAGGAUAAUUAAAAUAGUUUGAGUGUCCCAUUGUUAGUAUUGUUAACAUUUAACAUUGGGGUGGUAGGUCUAUAAUUUGGUAACUUGUUAGUUCUGUGAAUUACAGUGUACUAAAACGUGUUUAA